GACAAAUCUUCUUUUUUUUUGCCCAUGGCAGUUGUACGUACAUGGAACAUAUUCUGUUGCAGCUGCGCAUGCCCAGCGAUUUCCUGCUGUUGUGUGUGUGCAGACGCUCGUGCGCUCCCCGCGAGAUUUGUCUGACUUUCUGCUUCCCAAGGCGCCUGUCGCUGUGGGGCCUGGAAGCUAUCCCCCGGGUGAGGCGCCCCCUUCCCCCCCGUCCACCACGAGGACAGGCGUGUUCGCGCCCUUCGGCAGCUUUCAGAAGAAAGUUCUCAAUGCAAACACGGGAGACAGCUUCUACUCACCAGGUCCUUCAUUCACUUCAGACAGAACACCCCGCACCACCAGAGAUGCAGCCGGGUCCCUCUUGCACUCCCUUGACUCUUGUGGUGUCAUGAUUUGCAGGGCCCGGUGCAUUCUUCCUUGAUCAGGCGCCCCUGCCUUCUCCUCGCGGCGACACGAGCUCAUUCAAGUCACUCACACCCAGAUUCGCACAAUCAGCAUACAAACUCGAAACACCAGGUGGGGGUGAAUGCAUUACUGACUGCCCAUCGAGACACGUACGUACAUACUUACAUAAUGUAUGUACAUAAACACCUGGGCCUGACCUGGGAGGUCCACUGAUGGAUGAAUGGUGUGCACGUGUGGCCUGGCCUGGCUGUGUGCAGGUCCAGGUGAGUAUGGGUCGUGCAAAUCGACGAGGGUGGGUCAGGCGACGUUCGACGGGCAGGAUGGUGCCCGUCUCUCAGCGUCUCAGAGGGCGGCCCCACUUGUGCCAGUACUGCAGCUGGAGCAGAGCAGCCCGUCGAUCCCCCCCAACCUCCACCGCAAGACCAACCUGCCUCAUUCGGGCGGCAGGGCCAUGGUCACACUCCUAGACGAUAUACCAGCUGGCUCACAGGGCGUAUUCCACACCGGUAAGUAUGUGAAUAAACACAUGAGUAAGUAGCUGACACGUACGUACUGUACAUACAUACACAGAUAUAUGUGUACGUUGAUUGACUCACUCACCGACUGGCUGACUGACUGACUGACGCAAGAAUGCGAUGUCCAUCCACUCACUAACUAAUGCAUGGAUGGAUGGACAAUCUUGGUCAAUCUUGAUUGCAGGUGAGAGUAAUGACAUGCCUUCGCCAGGUACGUGCCUCCCUGCCUGAAACAAAUGUGUCUCGAUCAAGGGGUGGUCUAGCUCAGCUGUAUGUAUGUAUCUAUUUCUUGGUUGAUUGCUUCAUCGAUCAGGGAGCUACAAGAUCGUGAGUGACGAUGGUCGGUGUGCGACCAACUUCCACACGAGCAGGACCCAGAGACAGCUGCUGUGGGAGCUGUCGGGCAGCCUCACAGAGCGGAGGGCGCGCGAGCGGGCAGACGGACUCACUAACGCGGGACUGUUCGCCACUUCACAGCUGAGGAAGCCACCAAAGGUAGGCAGGGAGGUAGCUGGGUGGGUAUGCAUGAUUGUAUACAUACAUCUAUCUAUGUAGGGCGGGAGGGAGGCAGGGAGGCAGGGAGGCUGUCCGUCCCUUCGUCCCUUUGUUGCUUGUAUUGUCUUGUCUUGUCUUGUAUUGUCUUGUCUUGUAUUGUCUUGUCUUGUAUUGUCUUGUCUUGUCUUGUCUUGGCUGGCCUGGCCUGUUGGUGCAGCAUCUUGUUAAGGAGGCCCAGAGGCAGUCUGAGGCUGCCAAGGUCCCCCGCCUGCCCUCUCCCCUGCCUGCACGGGCACCUACGGACGAUCGCGACACCACCGAUGCAAAGUCAUGCAGGAGUGCAUUCGUGUCAAAGGUAGGUAGGUAGGUAGGUGGGCACAAACAACACCACACACAACACCACAGACAGACAGACAGACACAAACUCACCCGGCCAGCCGGCCGGCGUGAUGUAUGUAUGUAUGGAUGUCUGUAUGUCUCUGGUCCCUUAGGUGCGUCGGAUUGCGCCCACGGUGUCAGCGUCAGGUGCGAAUGAACGGAUGCAUUGCAAUGGAUGGAAAGCCGACACGCAUCCACCACCCCAUUUGCCUGCCUGUCGUCUGUCUGUCUGGUCGUCCAUGACACAUGUAUGUCAACGUGUAGGUCCGAUCGGUCCGGGUGCGUAUCUUCGUCUGUCUGACGCGUCCAAGACGUCCACGGUGGAGACAGACAGAGGGCCGCACGCACCUUUUGGCUCACUCAGCCCCGCACGGAUGCCGCAAAACAGACUCAUCGAACAGCCAUACACAGGUACAGACAGACAGACGGACGGACGGACGGACAAACACACAGACCGCACAGACAGACAGACGGAUGAGCAAGUAAGUCGUGCCUCUCUCUUGUGUGUGUGUGUUUAUGUGUGUAUGUGUGCGCGAGUCGAUCAGAUCCCACGUGUGUGACGUCGAGUGUUCCAGUGGGUGCGUAUGACCUCGUCAAGGAUGCAUCCACAAGGACUCUCGGGCCUGCCGUCACCGCAUUGUAUGCAAUAUGCAUGCAUACAUACAUACAUACCCACUCACGGCAACCAACUGACCACCAUACAUCCAGCCAGCCUGCCUGCCAGCCUUUGAUGCUGUGACUGGCUGCAGCGUCUGUCAGCGUGGGAGCAUCCCGAUGUCCAUGAGCCGUGUCAUCAACCCGUCCCUCGUCAUGUUCCUCAAAGAGUCCACAGGUAGGUACCUAGAUGCUCACGGCACCGACAGACAGACAGUGAGAGACAUUCACGUGCUACCUGCCUGACCACCCCCGUCUCCCUACCUGUCUCCCUACCUGUCUUCCGUCCGUUUCCUAUCGUGUUGCCGCAUCCAUCCAUCCAUUCAUCCAUCUAUCCAUCCGGCGUGGUGCACUGCACUGCAGGUCGUCCUUUGCAGGCCUUCCUCACCACUGACGAGCGACCCUGCCUCAAGAGCACCGUCUCACCCGCACACCAAUCGCCGGCAGGUCAGCCAUGAACAUUGUCCCUGCCGUGCCACACAGACGGGCGGAUGCUGCCUCGCACAGGCUGGCGUAUGUUCUAUAUCAUGUAUGUGUGUGUGCGUGCGUGCGUGCGUGUGUGCGUGUGCUGCCUCCUGCAAUUAUGCAAUCAGUUGGUGACUACGGGACGGAUUUGAAUGCGACAGUGGGCAGCAUCUCAGCGCGUGUUAAGGAGAUGGCCACGGUGGGGCGGUUUGGCAAGUUCGCGGCCACGAACGACAACAGGUGGGCAUUCAACCCCGCCAAUCCACUGAAUCCCGACCCCCGGCGGACCCGCGGCCCCUCGGCGCCCUUCAAGUACAACCCCAAGGCGGCGGCUGGCGACACACACGGCAGCCGAACACCCUUCAUCUCGCGCACAGCCAGAUUCAGAGCUCUCGACAGCGCCAACCCCCACUUCUUCAACACCUCGCCAACCCCAAAACACGUAAGGUUGUAUGUAUGUAUGGACACACGUGUGCAUCUUAGAAAGACUCAUCCACAACUCCCCCGCCCAUGAUUGACAUCGGUCCCUAUAUGUAUGUACGCAUUGUGUCUGUCUGUGUGUGUGUAUGUCUGCAUGUCUGUGCAUUUGCAUACAUGUGCUUCCUUCCUUUGUUUGUUCUAUAAGGUCGGUGGUGAGCAGGCAGCUCCUGCGCCAGUGCGGGCGCAAGGAAUUGAAGGGCGGAAGUCUUUGUGUUCCUUCGGAACCACCACUCCACGACUCACCGUCAUGUCCAAGGCAGAGGACACACCAGGUACAUACAGUGCGGCCAACAACACACACAUACACACACACUACACAGGGAGGGAGACAGACAGACAGACAUGUCAAGAAACAGGAGAGACGGGGGAUGUGUGUAUAUAUAUAUACAUGUGUGUGUGUGGGCUGUCUGCCCCUUACUUAUGUGUGUGUCUCUCGACUCACUCCCUCAGCCCCGGGAACCUAUUCGCCGGCGGGUGGAAGGCGGGAAACCUCUGAGAGUUUGAUGCGCAAGGUGUCUGCGAGAAGAUUCGAGUGGCAAAUGUCGGCUACGGUACCUACACUUGCUCCGGGGUCGUACGAACUGGGGCGCGGCUUCUUGCGUACGACAUACAACGUGUCGCUGGUACGCACACCACAUGCCAUGUCAUGUCACCUUGUGUGGUGGGAAUUUUAUUGUGCAAUUUGCCGGACAUGUAGUCAUUCAUUGCGUUGACUCUGUCGGUGUUGAUGUGCACAGGCUGAUCGGGUUGCACCCGAGAGGACACAGAGCCCUCGGUCAAAGAAAGGAGAUACUUAGUUAAAACAGCUGCGUUGACUCAUGCAUACCAUGCAAACACACACAGAUAGACAGACACAUUCACACACAUGUUCCUUCCUCCUUCCUCCCUUUGUGUCUGGCCAGUGCCUGCUUCCCAUCUACUAUAUAUGUAUGCAAUGCAUGGAUGCAGGACGUGUGUGUCUCUUGCACUGCUGAUGCCUAGCUACACAGGAUCUCUGUCUGUCUGUCUGUCUGUCUGCAGCUACUUUGUCCGUACGUAUGUAUGCAUGUAUGUGCUGGUCAUGUGUGUAUGUAUGUAUAUGAUAGAUACAACGACGAUGGAUGCACUCAUCUCUCACUGUAGCUGACCGAC